GGGGCUGCCGGGGGCGGUGCGCGGGAAGGGAACCCGGGGCGUCCGCUGCGGCAGGCGAGACCUGGAGGGAAGCAGCGAGCGGGGGGCCCAGUGUGGGGUCGGCGCCAGUCUGAGCCCGGUCGCGAGGGGCAGCAUGAAGUGUCUGGUCACGGGCGGCAACGUAAAGGUGCUCGGCAAGGCCGUGCACUCCCUGUCCCGAAUAGGGGAUGAACUCUACCUGGAGCCCCUGGAAGACGGGCUCUCCCUCCGGACUGUGAACUCCUCCCGCUCUGCCUACGCCUGCUUCCUCUUUGCCCCGCUCUUCUUCCAGCAGUACCAGGCAGCCACCCCUGGUCAGGACCCGCUGCGCUGUAAGAUCUUGAUGAAGUCGUUCCUGUCUGUCUUCCGCUCGCUGGCGAUGCUGGAGAAGACCGUGGAGAAAUGCUGCAUCUCCCUGAAUGGCAGGAGCAGCCGCCUGGUAGUUCAGCUGCACUGCAGAUACGGGGUGAGGAAGACUCACAACCUGUCCUUCCAGGACUGCGAGUCCCUGCAGGCUGUCUUCGACCCAGCCUUGUGCCCCCACGUGCUCCGUGCCCCGGCAAGGGUCCUGGGGGAGGCUGUUCUGCCUUUCCCCCCCGCACUGGCCGAAGUGACACUGGGCAUUGGCUGCGGCCGCAGGGUCAUCUUGCGUAGCUACCAGGAGGAGGAGGCAGACAGCACCGUCAAAGCCAUGGUGACUGAGAUGAGCAUCGGGGAGGAGGAUUUCCAGCAGCUACAGGCCCAGGAAGGGGUAGCCAUCACUUUCUGCCUCAAGGAAUUCCGGGUGAGGCCCCCCGCACACACUCACUACCCUGUCCACUCUCCGCCCUGCCGCGCCCAGGGCCUCACUGCUCUGCCUCUGCCUUCCCAGGGGCUCCUGAGCUUCGCAGAGUCAGCAAACUUGUCUCUCAGCAUUUACUUCGAUGCUCCGGGCAGGCCAGCCAUCUUUGCCAUCGAGGACUCUCUGCUGGAGGGCCACUUUGUCCUGGCCACACUCUUAGAGCCAUACCUGCACGCCCAGGAUCUGCGCUCCCCACAGCUCCAGCGGCCAGCACCUCCACUUCAGGCUCACAGUACACCCCACCUGGAUGACUUUGCCUUUGACGACAUUGACUCUUACAUGAUUGCCAUGGAAACCUCCGUGGGCAGUGAGGGCUCGAGGGCACUGCCCUCCAUCUCCCUUUCACCUGGCGUCCAGCCCCACUGUAGCCCUGGCCCCUGCUCAGAGGAGGAAGAUGCUGCUGAGCCCAGCACAGUGCCUGGGACUCCACCACCCAAGAAGUUCCGCUCGCUGUUCUUUGGCUCCAUCCUGGCCCCUGCACACUCUCCCCAGGGCCCCAGCCCUGUGCUGGCUGAAGACAGUGAGGGUGAAGGCUGAAUCUGUGUUGGGAGGACUGGACUAGAUGCAGCCCCAGCCUCCGCCUCUCCCCAGUGCCAGCAGGGACAGGGCCAGCUCUCCUCCUGGGUGGGUGGCAAAGGUGGGCUGUGCUGGAGCUGAGCUGGCUGGUCCUGCAGCCUCCCCCAGGCCCUGCCUGGCUGUCUGUGACUGGCCGGGGUCCUGUCAUUUCCCUCUGGCCCCAAGUCAUGUCUGUUCCCAGGCUCCGUGUUGAGCUGCCACCUGCCAGGAGGUCCCUCACCUCUUAAUCCAGCCAGGUGUAUGGCCAGGGCUAGAGCCUGUCCUCUAAGCCCACCUCCCUAAGGGGAAAAAAAAAUCACAGUGGGGCUUCAGGCCCCUGCUGAUUCAUUUUCUCUGCUAAUCAUGACCUGUCCCUUCCUCAAAUCCUGGGCACACCUCGGGAAACCCCUGUGGCUGGCACAGAUACUUUUGCUUGCUUUUCCAAUACUCUCUGGCCUUGGCUUGGAAUUCCAGGGGCCCCUGUGGACCUGAGUGUGUGGCUGGAGUUUCCCUGGCUGGUGCCCCAUGCCCAGCAAGCCUCCAAGUGGCUCUGGGCAGAAGGAUUGCCAGGCCCAGUGUUUGGGACAAGGGACACAGAGGCCAUGGUGAGAAUCCAGCUUUGACCUUUAUUCAAGAGACCAGAUGGGUUGCCCCAGGAUCCGGCUGCCAGCCCUGAGGCCAAACAAGGCCGGAGACCCACAAUCUGGCCCUGCUUUGCCCUGAGCUGCAGCCUCAGCCCCAGGAUCCUGCCUGCAGCCACUGUCGAGACAGGCAGAGAGAGCCGUGGGGGAUUGGAUGCUGCUAUUGAUUCAUAAAAAAAAA